AUGACCGAAAACAAUGAACAAAGAGUCAUUCUUAAUGUUGUUGGUGUGAAGUACGAAACCUAUCGUUCGACACUGACAAAAUAUCCCGAGACUUUACUUGGAGUAAUGUUCAGUUCACGAAAUGAAGAAUUAUUACAUCCAACUAACGAAAAUGAAUACUUUUUUGAUCGUAAUGGGGAUGCAUUUCGUUAUAUAAUGUCAUUUUACCGAACUGCAAACAUUACGGUUAACGAGUCAGAGUUAGAGGAAGAGCUUGAUUAUUUUCAAAUUCCAUCAAAUAUAAACUAUAUCGAUUAUGAUCUGGCUCAGAAGAAGGCCGCAAAGUUUUUGAACCAAUUUAUCAAUUUGAUCGAAUCUGUAAUUUUUGAAAAUCUCUGCAUUUUGGAACGAUACAUAAGAAUCGGGUUUUAUAAAAAUGAUUGGAAUCGAAACAGAUUUU